UUUUUAUAAUCAUGUCAAAUCAAGGGCAUUCUUCUUAAAACCCGUGGCUUGGAAGCCCAAAUGCCCACCAAAAUAUCUGCGAGUCCAUCAGGGAGUUUUCUUUUUAAUGAAGUUCAUCAAGGCUUCAGACUUCAGAUCAGACAAGAAGGAAUCUUUCUAUAAUGAUAUGCUACAGUGAAUCUCAAGACAACCGCAGAAACGACGCCGGAUGUAUGUAGAGACAGCGGUUGCUGAUUCUAACCAGCAGCAAUGGUGACCCUUUAGUUCCCUGAAAAUGAAGUUUCAACCUCGAAGAUCAGCACUAGCAGCAAGCUCAAAAACCCAUUCUAGAAUGAAUAGAAGUUUCGUUUAGUGACUUAAUCGUUUCCAAGAUCAACAUAGUAGCAAGCUUAAAAAAAGCCCGUUUUAGCAUUUAACAAGAGGUGAUUAAGAUUGUGCUUUGAUAUGUGAAGAUGAAGAUGAUCUAUUAAUUUAUUAGUGCUAGAACUUGGUAGUUGUGCUUUGCUACUUUGGCAUAGUUCCUGCGAAUAAAGAUGAAAAGAAUGGAAAACAGAAUUAUGGGUGUGUUCCUAGAAUAUGAUACAUGAAAAGCUCAGCUUGCCUUUUCAAAUUGGCUCUAGCAAGCUUGCUUGAGUCCGGUCUUUUCAUUUGCUUGGAUUUUAUCGAGAUUUGUGCCAUUUAUUUUAUUUCUUCUGCCGUGCUUUCUCUGAUUUAAAUCAGCUAUUUUUUGACCGGUUUUAUUGCUUAUGACAGUGCUACAUAGACGAGUCUGAUUAUUUGGGAUGUGCAAGAAUGAAAUCAUUGAAAAUAGCUUUGUCUAUGUUCAAAAUGAAGAAAUGGUCCGGAGGGGUUGUGAUCAUAGCUCUUGCAAUAAUUCUGGUUUUCAGUUAUAGCCUUAUGGGAACUCGGACACAAAAAAAGCAAUCAUAUGAUUUUUUCCGAAAUCAUCCAGCUGGUGAUUCUCAUUUGAAGGACAACCAUCCUGCUAAAUCUCCUCAAUUGGAACUGAAGAAAGCAACAAAAUCAUCCAAGAAGCCACAUUAUAUAAAUGUUGAAGGGCUUAGUGAUUUGUAUGCUCAAAACAAUAUUUCCAAGGAUGAAUCAAAUGCCUUGGUUGUUUGGUUUCAGAUGCGUUUGCUGCUGUCAAGGUCUGAUGCUUUGCCUGAAACAAAUCAGGGGAUUAGAGAGGCUUCGAUAGCAUGGAAGGACUUAUUGUCCAAAAUCAAGGAAAACAAGGCUGCCCAGCUCUCCAAUAUUAACAAAACAGAGGAUAAGAACUGUCCAUACUCUGUAAGCACAAUUGAUUUGACAACAUCAAGUGGUGAAACAAUUCUUGAUAUCCCUUGUGGUCUAGCUGAAGAUUCUUCCAUUUCAGUACUUGGCAUUCCAGAUGGGCACAGCAGAAGCUUUCAGAUUCAACUUCUAGGGUCUCAACUUCCAGUGGAGUCAAACCCUCCUAUUAUCUUGCAGUACAAUGUGAGCCUACCAGGAGACAAUAUGACAGAGGAGCCAUUUGUUGUGCAGAAUACAUGGACUAAAGAAUAUGGCUGGGGAAAAGAAGAAAGAUGUCCUAGUCAUAGAUCUGUUAACAUCCCAAAAGUUGAUGGACUUGUGCUUUGCAAUGAAAAAGUUGUCAGAAGCACCAUGGAAGAAAAUGGAAAUGCCAGCUCUGUUGGUGAUGUAUCAGCCAAUGUUUCCCAAGGAAUUGCCCAUGAAAGAGCUAAUUUCCCAUUUGUUGAAGGAAAUGCUUUCACUGCUACAUUAUGGGUUGGUUUGGAGGGAUUCCAUAUGACAGUAAAUGGAAGGCAUGAAACAUCUUUUGUGUACAGGGAGAAACUUGAACCAUGGUUAGUGAGCGGGGUCAAAGUGACUGGUGGUGUGGACAUUUUAUCUGCCUUGGCAAGAGGGUUGCCUGUACCUGAAGAUAAUGACUUAGUGGUGGAUGUUGAGCACCUGAAAGCUCCACUGGUAACAAGAAAGAGACUUGUAAUGUUGAUUGGGAUUUUCUCCACUGGAAAUAAUUUCGAGCGUCGCAUGGCACUGAGGAGGUCUUGGAUGCAAUAUGAGGCUGCACGCUCAGGGGAUGUAGCUGUGCGAUUUUUCAUUGGCCUGCACAAGAACAGUCAAGUCAAUCUUGAGCUGUGGAAAGAAGCCCUGGUAUAUGGAGAUAUCCAAUUGAUGCCUUUCGUCGAUUAUUACAGCCUGAUAAGUUUGAAAACAAUUGCAAUCUGCAUUAUGGGAACCAAAAUUCUCCCUGCUAAAUACAUAAUGAAAACAGACGACGAUGCUUUUGUUAGGAUUGAUCAAGUACUCACAAGCCUCAAGGAAAAGCCAUCAAAUGGUCUCUUGUAUGGUCGCAUAUCCCUUGAUUCAUCGCCUCACAGGGAUAGAGACAGCAAAUGGUAUAUCAGCAACGAGGAAUGGCCACAUGAUGCAUAUCCACCAUGGGCUCAUGGCCCCGGUUACAUUAUAUCACGGGACAUUGCAAAGUUCAUUGUCCGAGGCCACCAGGAAAGAGAUCUCAAGCUUUUUAAACUAGAAGAUGUUGCGAUGGGCAUAUGGAUUGAGCAAUUCAAGAACAGUGGUCAAGAAGUGCAUUACAUGACCGAUGACAGGUUUUAUAAUGCUGGAUGUGAAACAGAUUAUAUUCUUGCCCAUUAUCAAAGCCCAAGGUUAGUAUUAUGUCUUUGGGAGAAGUUGCAGAAGGAGCACCAGCCAGCGUGCUGCGAGUAGACAUCAAACCUUGUCGCAGAAGCUCUGCUCUGUCAAGGUCAAGCCAAAAAGCCUUUUGGAGAGUGUUUUUGCCCUGCGGUUGCCCCAAAUUUUGAGUACUUUUUUACAACAAAGAUUGGAAAGGAUUCCGAUGGUUUUUUAUUCUGAUUUACACUGCCUUUUCAGUUGAUUUUUUUUUGUUCUCUCUCUCACCUCGUUCAUUUGUUUCUUUGUUUGUCAUGUUCCACUGUAUUUGUAAUUGCUGAUUGAAAUAGAAUUAUUUUUAGAUUUUGAAAA